AUGCUUCGCCGUUGUGUUUCCGCUGUCGCGCCAGCAGCGCAUGUUCCUUACCCAGCCACCGCGGUGGCUGAAGUGCAGAAACGCUUUCUGAAAAUUGUCAAGUCUACUUUCGGCUACUACCUAGCUCGGAGGGGACAGCGUAAGUUUCCGUUCCAUCGUAGACCGCAUAUCAAGAACACUCAGGCAAUGAAUCUAAACGCGCCGUACUUCUGGAGCUACAUGACGGCGAAGAGCCAGUCCUUUUUCCUUCCUGAGGAUAAUUACAUAACUGGCGACUGGACAGGGAAGUUCUUCGUCUCAAAGCGACAGGUGUAUACUCUUCAACAUGCCACUGGCGGAGGAAAGGUGAGAGUCAAGUCGUUUCCAUCCGUUUUCGAGCUGAACAGCCCUUCUCGAUGGAAUGUAGGCAAGGAAAUGAACACAUUAACGAAGCCGAGAAUGGACCUCAUCGACGAGCAGAUGCUUACGAAGAAGCAGCGUUUAGAUUACGUGAAAGCAGGUUUUCUGCCCAAAUAA